GGAAAUCAAGUGGCCAUCAAGUACCUCAAGAACAACAUUAGCUCGCAUUUCGGGAAACCUUCAAUAAUCGCAGAGUUCAAUACGAUGAAAGAGAUGAAACAUGAGAACUUGGUUCAGUUCUUUGGUGUUUGCAUCGUGUCACCCAAUGUCUGUUUGAUCAUCCAGUAUUGCAGGAAAGGCAGUCUGAAGGAUCUUAUGAAGUCAGAUGUUGACCUGGAUACGAUGUUCAAGCUGUCUUUUGCUUACGACAUUGUCAAUGGUAUGGAGUUUAUUCACAAAAGUAACCUGAAAUUUCAUGGGAACCUGAAGCCCAGCACAUGUCUGGUGGACAGUCGACUCCAGGUCAAACUCACUGGCUUUGGCCUGUGGGAGUUUAAAUACGGGAACCAAAAGAAGUUUGUCCCACUGGAAAAUCCUGUUCAUGAAGAGAUUUACUGGACAGCCCCCGAGCUUAUGAGACAUCUCGGUCUUCAGGUCAAUGGGACGCCCAAAGCUGACAUCUACAGCUUUGCCAUCAUCAUGUGGGAGCUCAUGUACAAUGCUAAGUCUGGCCCUUAUCAGGACAUCAACCUGGAGCCCAAAGAGAUUAUUAUGCAGUUGCGGACGCCUUUCCAAGGGGAACCCCUCCGCCCAGUACUCUGUGAUAUGCUGUGUGAUGAAAAAAUAAACGUAGUGCUGAAAGCCUGCUGGAAUGAGAACCCUGACCGCCGACCGCCGUUUUCAUCUAUACGGAGAGAGCUGAGGAACAUAAGCCCAGAAAGUCAUGCGAAUAUACUGGAUAGUAUGGUGGAAAAGUUGGAGAAAUAUGCAAAUCACUUGGAGGAGGUGGUGGAGGAGAGGACCGAUCAGCUCACGGCGGAGAAGAUCCGUGCAGAUAAGCUUCUCUCCACCAUGUUACCAAGGAUCAUCGCCGAUCAGUUGAUGGCGGGGAAGUCGGUGGAGCCACAGAGCUACAGCAUGGUUACCGUCUUCUUCUCCGACAUCGUGGGCUUCACUUCAAUGUGCUCCGUCAGCUCUGCGAUGGAGGUGGUGACGUUCCUCAAUGACCUCUACAGCCUCUUUGAUGAUGUCAUCAAGCUGUACGAUGUCUAUAAAGUGGAAACAAUUGGUGAUGCAUACAUGGUAGCCAGUGGUCUACCCAUCAGCAAUGGCAAUCAGCACGCUUUGGAGAUAUCUACAAUGGCUUUGCAUUUCCUGGGAGCCAUCAAAGUCUUCAAAAUCCACCAUAUGCCCAAUGAGACGCUUGCAAUCCGCAUUGGUAUACAUUCUGGUCCAGUGGUUGCUGGAGUGGUAGGCACCACUAUGCCACGCUACUGUCUCUUUGGCGACACGGUGAACACUGCGUCUCGCAUGGAAAGCAACAGCCUACCCCUGAAGAUUCACAUAUCUCAGUGCACUGCUGACAUUCUGUUCCAGGCUGGUUCGUUUGAGCUGGAAGAAAGAGGAGCAAUAGAAAUGAAGGGUAAAGGAUCUCACAAGACUUACUGGCUGCUGAGCAAACAGGGAUUUAAUCCUCCUCUUAUUGCUCACAGCUCUCCACACGCUAAUAAUCUGAAACAACAAACAGAGAAACUAGGAAUGGUCAGAGUCGCUGAGAAACGGGCCCAUACAACCCUGACAAAAACUAUGAUGACUAGAGUAGACAUGUAGAGAAUAACACAACUUUUGGAUAAAGGAUAUCUACAAAGCACUUUUUGGUGGGUAUCACAGAAUGCAAGAGGACUUAUUAAGACAAAAUGCUAAAAGGGAAUAGUGAUUAUAAAUGUAUCUAUCUAGCCUAUAUAUAUUAUUUAUUUAUUUAAACAGUGAAGAUCUUGUAUACUAGAUCACAUUUUUUUUUUGUGUCCUGCCGAUUAUACUUUUAAUAUUAAUACUUUGUGAUUUAGAUAGAUAACACUUUUACACCGGAUAAUUUGAUCCAAUGCUA